AUGGGUCUCACAUUUUCGAAGCUGUUCGAUAAGCUAUGGGGAAAGAAGGAGAUGCGCAUUCUCAUGGUCGGUCUUGACGCUGCCGGAAAGACCACCAUUCUCUACAAGCUCAAGCUCGGUGAAAUCGUCACCACCAUCCCCACCAUCGGUUUCAACGUCGAGACCGUCGAGUACAAGAACAUUCAGUUCACCGUGUGGGAUGUCGGCGGUCAGGACAAGAUCCGUCCUCUGUGGAGGCAUUACUUCCAGAACACCCAGGGUAUCAUCUUCGUCGUUGACAGCAACGAUCGCGACCGUGUUGUUGAGGCGCGUGAGGAGCUCCAGCGCAUGUUGAACGAGGACGAGCUGCGGGACGCUCUCCUCCUUGUCUUUGCCAACAAGCAGGAUUUGCCUAACGCCAUGAACGCCGCUGAGAUCACCGACAAGCUUGGUCUUCACAGCCUCCGACAACGUGCCUGGUACAUCCAGUCGACUUGCGCUACCUCCGGUGACGGUCUCUACGAGGGUCUCGAGUGGUUGAGCAACUCUCUCCGCAAGGCCGGUCACAACUAA